GUCACAAUGUCCCGGCUAUGUAACAGCCUACUUUGUUUGCCAUAACUAAUCGAGGGCAGAUAUUGUAAAAGAUAUUAAUAAACCUUUUUAGGAUACAGAUUUUUUUUAUCCAUACUUUGUUUUGUUUUGUCCACUGAAGAGGAAGCCUCAUCUGGAAACCUCUGCUCAAGGCCAUCUUUAAGUUUAGAGUAUACGUUGAAGGUGGCAGCCAUGGUGUUGAUUCUGGGCAGAAGGAUGACCAGGGAGGACUCUGGGAUCAGAGACUCACCAGCUGUCAAACGCAAGGUGUUUGAGGUUGACUCCAAAACUUUAGCCAACCACGAUGUCUUUGACUUCUCUUCUGGUUCAUCCCACUCAGAGGGCAUCCUGCAGGUAUUCAAUGAGUUUCGCGACUGCCGCCUGUUCACUGAUGUGGUUAUCAGCGUGCAGGGCCGGGAGUUCCCCUGUCAUCGCGCUGUGCUCUCUGCCUGCUCCUCCUACUUCAGAGCCAUGUUCUGCAACGAUCACCGUGAGAGCCGUGAAAUGCUGGUUGAGAUCAACGGCAUCCUCGCUGAAGCGAUGGACUCUUUCCUCACCUAUGUUUACACUGGCCGCGCCAAGAUCACCACAGAGAAUGUCCAGUUCCUCUUUGAGACCUCCAGCCUCUUCCAGAUCUACACACUGCGUGACGCCUGUGCCAAGUUCCUGGAAGACCAGCUGGACCCUUGCAACUGCCUGGGCAUCCAGCGCUUCGCAGAUGCCCAUGCCCUAAAGCAGCUAGCCAGCCGCUGCCGCAGUUAUGCCAUGGCCAACUUCUCAGAUGUGGCUCAGCAUGAGGAGUUCCUCGACCUACGCAAAGAAGAGCUGGAAGAGUACACUGGCAAUGAUGAGCUGUCCAUUGGUAAAGAGGAGGUGGUGUUUGAGGCGGUGAUGAGAUGGGUGUACCACGGUGUGGAGCACAGAAAGCCCAUGCUUAAGGCCCUGCUGCACCAUGUGCGCCUGCCCCUUCUGCACCCCAACUACUUUGUCCAGACAGUGGAGGGAGACCAGCUCAUCCAGAACGCUCCAGAGUGUUACCAGCUUCUGCACGAGGCCAGACGCUACCACGUGCUCGGAAAUGAAAUGAUGUCACCCAGAACUCGUCCACGCAGGUCGACGGGCUAUUCUGAGGUGAUCGUGGUGGUGGGUGGUUGUGAGAGAGUGGGGGGCUUCAACCUGCCCUACACCGAAUGCUAUGAACCAGUCACAGGAGAGUGGAAAUCACUGGCCAAACUACCUGAGUUCACCAAGUCGGAGUAUGCUGUCUGUGCCCUCCGCAAUGACAUUCUGGUGUCGGGUGGUCGUAUCAACAGCAGGGACGUGUGGAUGUAUAACUCCCAGCUCAACCUGUGGAUCAGAGUGGCUUCUCUUAACAAAGGCCGCUGGAGACACAAGAUGUGUGUCCUACUGGGCAAGGUCUAUGCUGUAGGUGGCUAUGAUGGGCAGUGCCGCCUGAGCAGUGUGGAGUGUUAUGACUCCUUCUCUAACCGCUGGACAGAAGUGGCUCCCAUGAAAGAGGCGGUCAGCUCUCCGGCUGUGGCUAGCUGUGCCGGCAAGCUGUUUGUCAUAGGAGGAGGACCUGAUGAUGACACUUGUUCAGACAAGGUUCAGUGCUAUGAUCCAGAGACAGACUCUUGGUUACUGCGGGCCAACAUCCCCAUCGCCAAGCGCUGUAUCACAGCAGUAUCCCUCAACAACAUGCUCUAUGUGUGCGGGGGACUCACCAAGUCCAUAUUCUGCUAUGAUCCCGCAGAGGACUACUGGAUACAUGUGGUUCACACCUUCAACAAACAGGAGAGCUGUGGCAUGUCAGUGUGCAACGGCAAGAUCUUCAUCCUUGGUGGCAGAGGGGAAAAUGGCGAAGCAACAGACACCAUCCUGUGUUACGACCCGUCAUCAGGCAUCAUCACCGGAGUGGCGGCCAUGCCACGGCCGAUCUCCUACCAUGGCUGUGUAACCAUCCACCGCUACAAUGACAAGUACCACAGGCCCUGACACACAGACACACACGCACUAAAGAACUGAAACUCUUCAAGUUAACACCAUGCACAACACCAACACAAUAACACACUUCUUUAUAACAGGCACAUUAAGUAGCUUAGUCCACUUUAUCGUUGAGCAAUACUUACUGUGGUGCUGUGAAUCCUUUGCUGUUGUAUACCAUAGUUAUAGCCUCUCUGUGGAAAUGACCAGUGGUUGAUAAUCACUUGUCUGUAACCUGAGCUAAAGUGGAGUCAGAUAAACAUGGCAGAUGUGCCACGCGUUAGCAGUAACUGCACACGGUUGGGAAGUAACGGAUCAUAUAUGGAGGUAAAAUAAUAAAAAAUAGGAAUGUAAAAAAACAUUUUAUUGAAAAUGCUAUGAAGGUAUAAAUUCUAAUUUGAGAUGAAUUCUUAAUCUUGGGAUCACGUAUGUGAGGUAACAAUAUUCUAAAAUCAAGGUUAACUUACUUUUAUUGAAGAAAGCCAACGUAUAUGGACUGAAAAGCUAAGUUAUUAAAAAAGUUAGUUUAGAAUAUUUUAGGACAUACUGACAAUUGUAAUAUUUGUACACAUUGUCAAAGAAAAUUGAACACUGAAGUUUCUAAAUGACAAUUAGUGAAUUAUUUGCUUACCUAACUGUAUAUUUGAUGGAUUUAAUAAAUGGGCUUCAUCUCCUUAUGAAAUUAUUGAGUUUUAAUAACUGAUUUGAUUAUGAUAGAGAUAAGAAGCAGUUAACCUGUUUGAAAGUGAGCUUCCCAACACUGUGCUUUUAUUACUCUGCCUCACUAUGAGCUCUAGGUUGCUGAUGGGCUGAAAUGAACCCAGAUAGUACUCAUGAACAAAAACAGCCCGUACAAGAAUCAGCCAAGAAUGAACUGCCAUCAAAAGAAAAAAAUAUUUUUGACUGACAGAUGAGUGGCCAGAUCAGAUAUAUAACCUUGUGCCCAAUGCACUCCAUGCAGACACGCACAUACAGUACAGCACAUUACUAAUAAAGAGUCUGUUUUUUAACUCUUUUCCCCUGAUACUUAAAAUGACCUGAUAACAAUGUAGUAAACAGUCAGCCAGCUGCUCUCCCACAGUAUCAGUGGUCAUAGGCACAAGUUGCUCUCGCCCGUUGACCCAGAGCAGGGUUAAGAGAAGAGAUAAAAAGCGGAAACUGUAGCAUAAUAUUGGAACAUAGCCACUGUUAGCUCUGCCCUUUUUUUUGUUUCCUUUUUUUCACAUCCCUCCGCUUAUCACCUAGUUCCACUUCCCGUGUGCAUUUCCCUUUUCCAACCUCCAGCUGUGUCAUCCCUUCACAUUUUGAUAUCUCCUUUUAUUUUCCCUCCAUUUGAAUUAUUAUUAUUAUUAUUAUUAUUAUGACACUCAUUACACACAUUACAGACAUUUAAUUUUAAUUUUUUUUAAGUUAAGUUAUGUUUGUCUUUUUUUUACAAUUGGAUGUUUACUGUAUUAAAGGUAGCUUUAGUGUGGGGUUGUGGGGUUUUUUGUAGAUCAAACUCAAAGACUGCUCUGAGUAAGUGGUUUGCAUGUUGGGCAUGUAUGUAUCUAUGUAUCUAUGUAUGUACGUAUGUAUUUACGUAUGUAUGUAUGUGACUUUUACGACUCGUUCUGGAUGUGUCAGAGCCGAGGAGUUUUAUCAAGGAGUUCUAGUGUAAGCUUUGAACGACUGCUAACUUCUGUUCACAGAAGUUUUCACACUGAUGGUGGCACCUCUCACCUUACAUGCACUUACUCUGGGUUAUUAAAGAUACCUCCAGGUGUGUGUUUGUGUUUACUGGUUAGCUAAGGUGGUGUGUGUAGCAGUGCUACACCUCACACAGGGAGUGGGUUAAAAGUUCUGAAUGACAAGUAUUUUGGAUGAUGGUUAAUACCAUCACCUUUUACGACAGUAAGGUGUGAUAGACUAGCGAUAUUGCUGUGAAUAUACCUUUAAUAUGUUUUCUUUGUUUAACUUGUAUUUAAAUGUAUCUCUUUCUGGGUUGCAUAUUGAGUUUUUCUGUAACUGAGAGCCCCAUGUGUGCACUUUGAAAGAAUCGUGUAAAAUUUAGAAUUUUAAGACAAUGUUUUUUUUUUUUUUUUACUGUAUCAGUAAAUGUUCUUUGCUUUCAUGUGACGUAUGAAUGACACGGUAAAAGAGCCUGUCAGCUUCUCCUGUUGGCCGCUACCUGCUAUGACUCUGAUAUUCUAACAAAAACUAUGAAAACUGCUACAAAAGAACAAUAUCAAGAGUGAGGAAGAGAGUUUUGGCUUAACAAUUUAUGUUAAAAAGUUGCUAGAUCAGUGAGUGUGUAUGUUUGUUACUGUCUAACAAUGUGUAACUUCACAAUACACAGAAUAAGAACACUUAAGAGUCACAAUGACGAAAACUUCAACUGAAGUACAGGUUAAGAGAAAACAUCGUCAGGCCUGCCAACAUCCCUUAACAUAAGUAACAUACUGUACUGAGAGGUCACUCAGGUGGUCAACAAGAGGAUGCUGAGGGGCAAGAAUGUGGUAAAGCAAAGUAGUUAGAGGGAGUUACAUAAGUAGUGAGAGAGAAAGAAUUUGUGUGUGCGUCUGUGAUUUCACUGAGUAUUUACACAUAACACCACGUUAUGUUGAUUUAUUGAUUUUCAUUAUUAGCUCUAUAGAGGCCUUCAUACUUUGUUUACUUUGAUAAGAUUGUUCAUUGUUUUCGUCAAUUGAUUAUUUUAUUUUUUUAAUGUUGCGGUGAAUUGUGGGACCGUUUGAUUCCCACAUGCAAAUGGUAUGCCUUAAAUCAAACCCUGAAGAGCUGAGCGUUAAACGUUGAUUGAUAGAUACAAAUGCAGAUAUAAAUCAAAGUGGAUUAGAUUCAAUCACCACAUGACUUUGUUGAAAUGCCAAUGGGUAAAUUGCUCUUGCAUGAAAGAUGGGGGCUUUAAUGUGUUAAUUGCAGAAUGCUUCCUAUGUGCCUUAAUACAAAAAUAAAAAAUGGCGAGUGUGGAAUUAUGUCAUUUUGAUAUAUUGUAUGUAUGUAUCUAUAUGUAUAAUGUAUAAUGUGAUAUCUUAACACUACGUAUCCCUCAGAUGCUCUUUUUCUAACUGCGAGAACGCUUCGGAUUUUUGUAAACUGCAGGAUGAAAUGUAAUGUUUGACUUGUGUGAGAGAAACAUCAAUAAAGUUUUUCUUUCUUCUUUAAA